UUUUGCAAUUGUGAACAAUUCCGCGUGAUAAGGCACGAUGUCGUGAGUUAUAUAAACAUUGUUUUGCUUUCUUACGGCUGUAGUAACAAUAACAACGUGUUAAUUGACGACUGCAUCAUGGAACACAAGUGUUUAAUUUUUUUAGUAUUCGUUGGUUUGAUUUGCAUCACAUUGGCAGAUCAUUGUGGAAGUAGAGCUGAUGCUGUCCCAAAUGAUUCUGACCCCAAUCAUGUAUGUGAGUCCUCAUCAAGUGAAUCCUCCAGUGAUUCUUGUAGUGAUAGUAAUGACCAUAAGUGUCCAGACCCUAACCAGGAGUACUCUGACUGUGCCUCCGUGUGUCCACGUACUUGUUCCAACUGGUGGAACCCAGUGACCUGUCAAGCAUGUCGCGCGGGUUGUAAGUGUAAAGGUGACCUCGUCCUGAAUAAGGACAACCGCUGUGUGCCAGUGUCCAAGUGCCCUAAACCAGUCUGUGAGGAUCCCCGCAGGGAGUUCACCGAGUACGGUUCGGUGUGUCCGCCGGCGUGCCCGGGCGUUAACGACGACCGUGACUGUACGUACCAAUUUGUCGCCGGCUGCUUUUGCCGCAAGGGCCUGCUCGAAGACGGCAACGGUAAUUGCGUCGAUCCCUCAUGCUGUCCUGUGCCAGAGUGUAACGACCCGAAACGUGAGUAUGAUGAAUGCGGCACGGCUUGUCCUCCCACGUGUCAGAAUCUCAAUGAAACCUCUGUGAUAUGCACGGAUCAAUGUGUCAGUGGAUGUUUUUGUAAAUAUCCAUACGUGGAGGAUGAUAAUGGGGAGUGUGUGGAUCCAUGUGAAUGUCCCACACCAGUUUGCUCUGAUCCCAACCGCCAUUAUGAAUCUUGUGGGACCGCAUGCCCAGAAACCUGUGAAAACCUUGGGACCGAAAUUAUCUGUACCGAUGAUUGCGUUAGUGGAUGUUUUGUAAUGAUGGUCUUGUUGAGGACAAGAAUGGAAAGUGUAUCCAACCCUGCGAUUGUUCCAGCAGUCUUUGUGAGGACCCUGAUAAAGAGUACCUUCAAUGUGGGAGUGCUUGUCCUGUAACCUGUGAUACCUAUGGUCAAAGAGGGACCACUUGUGCUGAUGUUUGUGUAAAAGGUUGUUUCUGUAAAAAGGGUCUUAUUGAUGAUGGGUAUGGAAAGUGCAUUGCUCCCGAAAACUGCGACAAAUGUGAAGAUCCCAACCGAUAUUAUACAGAUUGUGGUUCCGCUUGCCCUAUUUCCUGUAAAAACUGGUGGUAUUAUGACCAUGUUGUUUGUACUGAACAAUGUGUGCGCGGGUGCUUUUGCAGAGAUGGUUUGGUAGAAGAU